CGCCAACGGCUCUCUCUUCAGUCUUCACCAUUAUUUCAUCGACUCCUUCCCCCCCAAAAAAACCCAUCUAAAAUCCUCCGCUCCUUCCCUCUCUCCGUCUCUCUCCCCUCUGCUCUGUCCAGGUCCAGCUCAGGAGGUUCAUAGCCGUUAAAACAGUUCACCAUUCAACUGCUCAGAGAAAAAAGGUGGGAAAAGGCUCCAAUGGCUCACAAAGUGGAGGCGAAUUUCCCCAAUUCCAUCCUCAAGUUACCGUCUCUGACCUCUUCCUUGAAGCGGAAGCGGCCGCCCAUGAUUGAGAUCCCCAGCGUCCUUCAAGAAAUCAAGUCCGAAGAUGCCAACCUCAAAUUCAAUGACUUCGCCGCCCCAACUCCACGGCGAGACGGCUUCCUUUCUUCUUCUGGGCCGGGGGUUUGUGUUUCUGCUGUCAAAGGGAAGAAGAAGUUCAUGGAAGAUUCCCACAAGAUCGUUUCCUGCUUGAAUGGCGAUUCCCGCAGUGGGUUUUUUGGGGUUUAUGAUGGGCAUGGUGGGAGGAAAGCUGCCGAAUUCGUUGCCGAGAAUCUCCACAGCAAUAUCAUGGCAACGAUGGUAGAUUGUAGAGAUGAGUCUUCUAAAGAAGAAGCCUUAAGAGCUGGGUAUUUGAAGACAGACCAACAGUUCUUGGAGCAGGGUCUGUUGAGCGGUGCUUGUUGUGUGACAGCCUUAAUCGAAGGACAAGAAAUGGUUGUUUCUAACUUGGGAGAUUGUAGGGCUGUUCUAUGUAAAGGAGGAGUGGCAGAAGCCCUUACAAUAGACCACAGAGCAGAAAGAGAGGAUGAAAGGCAAAGGAUAGAGAAUAAGGGAGGUUAUGUUGAGUUCCAUCGAGGAGCAUGGCGAGUGCAUGGGAUACUUUCUGUGUCUAGAAGCAUUGGAGAUUCCCAUCUAAAGGAAUGGGUGUUAGCUGAGCCAGACACGAACAUUCUGCACCUGACACCAGACAUGGAGUUUCUCGUCUUGGCUUCUGAUGGAUUGUGGGAAGUGGUUGAGAAUCAAGAAGCUGUUGACAUUGUCACUGCAUCAUGUAUGCCUGAGAAGAAGUCAGGACCACUUCUCUGGGAUGGAAUCGAGUGUGGGCGAGUAAAUGUGAGCCCUGUUGACAUUGUCACUGCAUCAUGUAUGCCUGAGAAGAAGUCAGGGCCACUUCUCUUGGAUGGAAUCGAGUGUGGGCAAGUAAAUGUGAGCCCUUCAUCGAAGCUGCGAAGGGUCUCGCUUGUGAAGCAGCAAGAACAACAUAGGUUACAAAAGCCGUCACCAACUCAUAAGGAGGAAGAAGAAGAGUUUCCCAGUGAAAAUGACAUACCACCAUUGAAGUUGAGGAGGAUUACCCUAGCGAAGAAGAUCAAAACGAAAACAGAGUCUUCUCUCAUCAAAGAGAACAUCCAGAAAUCUCCUCCCUCAAUCGCAGGGCUUCCCGGUGCUUGCAAGGAGCUUGUGAACCUCGCACCAAUGCAAAGCAGGUCUUCUUGCAGUCUGUGUUUACCAGAAAUCAUGUUCUCUUCAAAGGUAACUAUGAAUCCGGGUUACGGCACUCCUUUGCGCCAGCUUUUCCACCGGAAAAAAAGCAGGAAGUAGUCUUCUAGGCCCGCCAUUUCUAACAACCAGAAAACACUGAUCUUAACUCCAAGGCUUUCUCCAAAGAAGAAGAAAACGGUAGGAAGUAACUGCAUCAAGCGCUUACUCUGUCAUCAUAUUCAUAUAUCAGUACAGAGGAAAAGAAAACUAACCAGCGAGGAAAGAAGUACAAAUGUCGCCUCUGAUCGGCAAUUCUUCACCUGCCAUGAUCGCUUCUCUAGUAGCGAAGAACAUGCAGCACUUGAAUUUGAUUUAAGGUAACCUAAGGAGAAGAAGAAGAAGAGUGCUGCAGUUGCAUUCCUAUGAACGAAUUCCAACACCAGUGCUAGGAUUGAUGCUUCUAUGUGCAGUAAUAUCCGUCGUCGAUGGUUGUUCUCAAAUCGGGAACCAGUGCCGGAGAAAUAGCCAUCUGUACAUUGAGAGUCCUUAGAUUCCUCCUGAGGUUUUCCAUCUCAAGGUUCCUCUCCCUUAAUCAUAUUCCUAACAAAGUAACAAUGAUUGG